UUAAAAUGUGGUCUGCACCCAGUUGCCAUUCUUUCCUCGACCGUCCCGGCGCCAGCGAGAUGAACCCGCCGCGCGCGCCAGCACCCACCAAGCCACCGCGCGUCUCGGUGGGCGUGCCCAACUGGGCGAAAUCCGACGUCGACAUCCUCCUCUCGCUCGUGGGCGAACUGCUUCCGCUGACGCAGCCGCAGUGGCAGCGCCUCGCCCAGAUCUACAACAAACACCCGGACCGCCUCCACGAGCGUGACUGGGAAGCUGCGAAGCGCAAGUUCAACAAGCUCCGAAGCACAGGACGUGCUGGCGACCCCGACUGCCCCGAAGAUGCCCGCUGGGCGCGGGCGCUCCAGCACGAGAUCGAGCUCAAGGGCGACAAGAACUACCACGAGGACGAUGAUGCAGGCUCGUCACGCGGCGACAGCUCGACGCGCGACGACGACGAGGCUGCAGUCGACCAUCCCAUGAGCGAGCGGCGCGAGACGCACAGUGACGGCGAUGCACAGAGCAUUGCGCGCGUCGUGCCUCCUGCCACCGACCGUGUGUCGCCCGAGCUGCCACGCGCCUCGCGGGUCGCUGUUGGCGAGCCAUCCGAGCGGUCCUACGUCGAGACCGCGCGCCGCGUGCGCAAGCGAGCACACGACGAGUCGGUGACCACCUCGGACGCCGACGCGACCGUAUUCAAGCGCCUGUCGCCGGCGAUGGACGCCGAGACGCUGCAACGAGGUGGUCUCUCGACGGAGAUCGUGACGCUGCUCAUGCUCAUGGACGAGCGAUCGCAGCUGCGCAUGGAGCAACGCGAAGAGCGCGAAGACGCCCGGCGGCGCGAGCGGGAAGAGCGCGAAGAGGCCCGGCGGCUCGCGAUGGAAGAACGGUACUUGAUGGAGCAGCGGAUCCGCGACGAGCAGCGCCGAAAAGACGAAAUGCGCCACGAACGGACCGAGCGCCUCCAGAUGCUUUUAUUUUCCAAGCUCCUCGGCGUCGACGUGAGCAAAGUAAACGAGGACCCACCUACUAACUAAUCAACAAGCACCGCCUUGCACUCG